UUAAAAAUGGAUAUAGAACUUUUAAUAACGGAAAUAGAAAAACGUCCAGUUUUAUGGGAUGUAAAUGACGAGAUGUAUAAAGACAGGAAUAAGAAAAAUGAUGGCUGGAUGGAAGUUGCUACUGUUUUAUUUGAAAAAUUUGUUGAACAAACUCAAACAGAACAAAAAAUAAUUAUACAAGAUCUUAUAUCAAAAUGGAGAAGUGUACGCGACAAUUAUGUUCGUAGUUUAAGAAAACAAGCAGAAUGCAAUAAGUCUGGCAGUGGUAAAAAAAAAAUUCAACGUUACAUUUUUGAAGAACAGCUCUCAUUUUUAAAAAAAGUUAGAGAACUUCGUCCCACUACUAGUAGUAUUCAAUCAGAUUUAAAUGAUGAAGAUGGUGAUGCAACGCAAUUGUCAGAUGCUACAGCUACAGCAGAUGAAAGUUUAACAAAUGAUCAUAUAAAUAAUACAGGAAAAACUGUUUUAACACCUCCACCUAUUAAAAAAAAGAAAAUUAACUUAGAAGAAAAACUUGCUUUGUUUUUGGACUCCAGACAACAAAGUAAUAAUGAACCAAGCCGAGAUACUGAUGAUGAGGACCUAAACUUCUAUAAGUCAACAUUGCCAUUAGUUAAGAUGCUAAACAUGGAACAAAAAAUACAAUUCCGAAUUCAACUUAUGCAGCUUCUACAACGUAUAAAGCUAACCAAUAACGCACCUCCAUAUUUCCAACCACCUGGUACAAUUUUCAACCCUUAUUCUAGUGUACCGAUAUCUACUUUAAAUCAUAGUUAUAACACAUCUAUGCCUGUGUAUCCGUCUACAAUACAACACCCUCCGAUGUACAACCAUAACGAAUUGACACAAACAAGUACAGCUCGAACACUUUCACAAUUGUCAUCAAACAAUUCUGAUACUGGAUAUUUUAGUCAGUUUUCUCCAGACGAACAAAACUUAACAUCAAAUACGUCAACAAGUACUAUGUAAAUUUGAAAUAAUACACAAGGUAAUGUAUAAUUUUAAUUUUCUUGCACAAAUAGCAUAAUAAAAGGUUUAUUUUUUUUUUUAAUUUUUCACUAAAUAUAAAUUUGAUAAAUGCUAAUAUAUUUAAUGUAAUUAUAUAUAAUAAAAUUUU